AUGGAGAACACAGCUCUUCUUCACAUGGCAGUCUUGAGUGGAGCUCCUUUCCAGAAGCCUAGAUUACAGCAAGGACGCCAUGCAGGACUAGAACUCCUCCUCUACUCUCAAAUCCCUUUUUAUAAUCCUGUCAGAGAUGUGCCGGCAGCACAAGGUGUGUUGUUUGUACACCGCUCUUGUGAAGGUGCACCUUCUUUUCAGCUGCAGGGAAGUGACAUGGAAAGGUGUCUUAUUUGAGUCCUGAGUCAACACAAACUGUCCGGGCUAAAAUGGUAGAUGUUGUGUCACCACACACCAUGCCAUCAGAAAGCGAGGUUCACGUGGCCAGAUGCUUUCUCACCAAGAUUUUGCGAAGCUCAAUGAGGAAGAACCGCUUGAAAGGAAAGAAUGAUUCGAGCUCUCGGCCUCAUACCUGGCAUUCCUCCAAGCUGAAAGAGGAGGAGUCUGAGUCCCCUGGCAGAGAGUCGACCCUGGUGGCAGUGUGGCAGCCAAAAGAAGCAAGGUCCAAUGAGUCAUCCUUUCCAGUGGACCAGAAUAUCAGGCAUCUGCUAACUGCCCAGCACAGUCCAGUGAACAGCAUGAAGAAACUUGAGCGUCCGGCUCAACCGUUCGCGGCAGAUCUUUCUUCCCCAACUAAGUACACCGGCAACACUGAGACUCUCAGUGGUACACAAAGCAGAAGAGGCACAUUCAACUGUUUCUCCAGUGGAUCAAGCCCUCACUUUUUAGAUCCGAGCUUGCUCAGCAGGAAGGGAACGAGUAUUGAAAACAUUUUUUUCAAGGGUUUUGGUAGUGGAGGAACUGCUACAGGAGAGCGCCCCAAGUACUUGCAGGCUCUUCACUUGGAGGGGUCUUGGUUGGAGGAGCAGAACUCAUCUCGAAAGCCUAGCACUGGACCCCUGUGGCAGGUACCAGAAAAGAAGCCCCAGUCUUCUCCUCCGUCAUUGCGCAAUGACAGUUUUGCUUCCACAAAGGUGUUCCCUUAUUUUGAGGGGCCUGAGAGAGAUCGAAGGAAUCAUGACAGGUCAGGUGAAAAGCUGACUGAGAGUAACAAAUCCCAUGCGGAAAAGGAGUUUAGGCGGAGCUUCACCCCACUGUCUGACAGGGAGUUACUCAAUCUCAGCCACACCCAACCACGCCCAAGCAAACAUUUCUCCUUGUCUAGCACUGAUAUUAGACCGUCUCAUUAUAAUAACACACCUGACCACUAUAGGCAACACAGUGAUGAGCGUCCGGCAUGUUUAGCUCCUCCCACCAAUAUUCAGAGCAUUGGAAGUUACUAUCGCAGUCUACAGGAUCUGCCGAUGAAGGCGUCUGGCUGUAAAGAGGUCUGGCGUUCCUCAGCAUCCAUUGCUACUACAAACCCGAAAAUAGAAAAGAGUGAACACAACAUAUACUCAAGCCUGGUAACCAAGAAGACAAAGCACCACAUGCCAUACAAGGAAAAUAAAGAUCAUAGUCGCUCUCUAAGAAACGUUCUCCUUGACCAUCAAAGUUCUGAACGCUCUCACUGCCAUGACACACAGCAUGCCGUAAAGAAAAGCGGAGGGCAGACAAUUUUCGCAGCUCAUCAAAAAAACAAGCAUGUCAGCCUCUUUAGACUCCACGACCCCUGGGUGCCUCAAGAAGACCACAGAAUAUCCCCUUUGAGGACUCCAUUGCUUCACUCUCUGGCAAAGGAGAGUAGAAUUCAGCAAGCAGUAAGGCUCACAAGUAUUGUGUCACCCCAGGAUGUCUAUGACUCCAUGGUCACCAGCUGUGGUCAAGUCAGUCGGCGCAGUGACCGUUACGCCACCGCCCUACAAAGUGAUGUCAGGGAGAAGCGAGCUCAGCUCCAAAAAAGCUGUAGUGCCGCAGCGCUGACUUGCAAUGUUGAUGAUGCGUACUUGGCGGAGUGGAAAUCCACAGAGAACAUUACAUCAUGUAGUAUCUCCUCCUCAAACGCAUACAAAGAACAUCUGAAAGAGGCGCAGGCCAGGGUUCUGAAGGCAACUUCCUUCCAGAGACGUGAUCUAGACCCCCUUGGAGUAGAGGGACCAGCCAUCAAAACCGCCAAUGGUCGCGUGAGAGGUUAUAAGCGCCUUCCUUUGAACAAGCGGACGUAUUCCUUCUCAGAACCAGACAAGAUAGACAAGCUAGGGGUGGACAGGGAACAUCAGGUUUCAUCAUUUCACCAAAUGAAGUCGUUAGAGACCAAGCCUGCAUUUUCUAAGCCAGUUAAGCCAGUGUCAAAGUCUAGCACAGAUCUAAACACAUGUGAAGGCGACACAAUUGAAAGCAAGAACAUAACUUUAGCAGGAGAGGCUCAGGAGAUUGAUUUGUCAGCGGAGGUCAGUCGCCUUAACCCCCCAUGGGAGGAGGUCCAACAGGACCAACAAAGACUUGGAACCUUCGCAGAGUACCAGGCCUCAUGGAGCAAACCGAAGAAGACAUCUGAGGCCAAGAUUAAAGGCAGGUAUUACUCGGCAGAGAACAUCUUGGAUACCGAAGCUGAGGGUGUGUGCUUCCACGAGAGAUCCAGAUCUUCUCCUUCUGCAGACUUCCAUACUCAGAAUAGUCCAUCCCUGUUGAGAAAUCCCCAAUCCAAGCAAAGGAAUGACGGAAACCAGGGCCCAGUUCCAGGCACACCUGACUACCAGACCAGCCAGGACUCUAUCCACUCCGCCUAUAUUGCGGCCUCCUCCUGCCCUGGUAGCCUGGGUCCAGUUCUCGACUCCCAGCACCCAGAAAAACACCCACAAGCCAAUGGUGUGUCACCAUCCAAGUCGCAUUUAGGCCCAGAAACAGCAUCCCCAUUUUUGCUCUCAGCUGAGGCCUUUGAAAACCAAGCGAUGCUUGCGCCCGGAUUGGUCUUGGGCACCCAGCAGUACGCCUCUGCUGAGAGAGCGACCCCUGCUGACCAUCCCCACUUCUGCAGGAUGCCUGAAUUUAAAAGGAAUAAGGAAGAAGCGGUGAAAAACAAGAAGUCAGCAUCGUCCACCGUCCUUGCAGAAAAUCAAGCUCGCUCUCCUUUGCCACAGUUUUCCCCCUUGAGGCUGACAGACAAGCAGCCGACUGUGUCCAUGCAGGAGGACUCAACUCUCAGAUCUGAAAAUGACUCCAAGCUACCAGACCCACAGAUUGUCCAAAACGAAAAUAGCACUGAUUUAUCUGGCCAGGGGACAAUAGUCCCUUCGUCAGACAUGCGCUGGUCUCCUAGCAGCAACAUCUUUGGCGUCUUCAAGCAGCCCGCUGAUGUCAUCCCCCCGCGUGAGAUAUCGCCUGCCUCACCCUCUGUCUGCAGUCAACAGCCGACUAAGGACUUGGGACGAGGCUCUAACCAAGGCAACAUUCUUGAGUUAGGCAUAACGGGGGAAGAGGCCAAGAGAGAUCAGCUGGUGAGGGACAUCAUGGGCAAAGACAAAUCCCUGGUGGAGAUCCUAGAUCACAGUGGAAGGAAGACCACUAUGGAUCUGAUGGAAGGAAUAUUUCCCUCAGAGGAGCAGAUCUUUGAGGGGGCCUUGCAGCGCAGAAGAACCUCCAAUGGUUCCAGGCUACCCAUCACAAGCAGGAGGGAGGAAGACGAGGUCUCUGCGGCGAGUUCCCUGGUACCCAGCUCCUCCUACUACAACACGUCAGCUCCAAAGGCGGAGCUUCUUAUCAAGAUGAAGGACAUGAAGGAACAACUGCAGGAGUCUGAAGAUGAGCUGGACGUGGACCUGGCGAGUAAAAAGCACAAGCUGAUUUCCAGCUUGGCCAAGAAGCUGGAGGUGCUUCGAGAAGCGCGCCGUAGCCUGCAGGAGGAUGUAGAAGACAACGAGGCUUUGGGCCUUGAGGUAGAGAUCACCGUUCAGCGUCUCUGCUUGCCCAACCAGCUCGACAAGUUCCGGAUGUUUGUGGGUGAUCUGGACAAGGUCGUGAGCUUGCUGCUGUCGCUGUCGGGUCGUCUUGCCCGGGUGGAGAACGCUCUGAACAGCCUGGAAGAUGAAGCGCCGCCCGAGGAAAAGCGCACCCUGACCGAGAAGCGCAAAGUGCUAAUACGUCAGCAUGAGGACGCAAAGGAACUGAAGGAGAACCUCGAUCGCCGGGAGCGUCUGGUCUCCGCCAUCAUGGAGGACCACUUGGACACGGCACACCUGGAUGACUAUCGUCAUUUUGUAAAGAUGAAAUCUGCCCUCAUCAUCGAGCAGCGCAAACUAGAAGACAAGAUCAAGCUGGGCGAGGAGCAGCUCAAGUGUCUGCUGGACAGUCUUCCACUGGAGCAGAGGCCAUGGCUCUGAUACCUUCUGGAGCCCGAGUAGAGAAAUAAACACUCCACGGGCAUCUGGACUGCUGACACUGGCACUAAAUGUUUUUUAGUUUUUUUGCAAGAGCAGAUAGAAAUAUAAAACCAGUGGAUUGUGUUAAAACUUUGCAAUUUAAACAAAAUGGGCUCUCGACAUGAAACUGUGUGUGUCUUAAAAAAACAUUCUUCAAAUGAUCUGACUUUUCAACUUGAGUAUCUUUAGUCCUUUUUUCACCAGCCGGUAACUUUUUGUAUCAGGUAAAAUAUAUCUUAACAAUAUGUUAGACUGACCAUACGUCCUCUUUUCACCGGACAGUUUCUUAAAUGCCUCAAAUGUCCGGCAUUUUGAGUUAGGGUUGUGUGUAUUUUCAAUGUACGUUCAGGGUUAAGAAGGGGUUAAAAACAAAACAAACAGCAGCAUUGGUGAGGGAGGGGCAGAGACAGAGAGAGAGUUAUGAUAAACACGUUCGUAAGCAACCGACAGUACCCUUUUUUGUUCAAUAAAACGAUUGCUGAUGAUGACCUCAAUCCCUUUUUUUAAUGUCUGGUAGGUAGGGGUGUAAUGGUACGUGUAUUUGUAUUGAACCAUUUCGGUACGGAAGUUUCGGUUCGGUGCGGAGGUGUACCAAA